ACAGAUGGAAGAGCGAGUGAGCGAGAAAGAGAGAGAGAGAAUGAGAUCCGGCGAGAUGGAGACGCUGUAACUUCAGAAAAUGCCUGAACUCAAGCUCCAUCUGUGAACAGACAGAGGGGAAAACCUUGGCAAAUCCCUUCAUUUUGCUGGAAGGAAGCCGGUGUUCUGGUCAUUGAGACGGAGUGGUGCUGUGUGUGCGCCCUUAUUUGGCUGUCAAAUGCACAGAUCCGACAUGCUGACAGAAAGCAGAAAACGCAGACGAGGCUGUGAUGCCGAGGAGCUGCAGGUCCUGCCCCAGCCAAAGAGGUCUGGAGGUUAUUCCUUUCUCCCCGAGGUUGGCCAUGAUGUCUGGGACUCUGAGUCAUCCAGCAGUGACAGCAGUGGGAUCAGCAGUCCGGAGCAGAUGGCAGGAGCCACGUCCAGCAUCCAGAAGCCUGACCAAAGAGGAAUCUAUAUUUCCCAGGCUCCCUGCAGCCCUGGCAUCGCAGUAGAAGAACCGGCCGUCUCCUUGAGCCACAGCAUCUCAUACGAUCACAUCAACCGCAUCUUGAGGGAGGCUCACUUCAGUAGCCUGCAAACCCGAGGUCAGCAAGCACCAACAUGAUCAACAGUGACUCUUCAAGCACCCGUUGGCAUUAAGGAACAGUGUACAGGGGGCCACGCUUUAUGGCCUGGCUGGCACACAUAAUAAUGACCCCUAUAAGUGCAUUUUGUGUUCUUUCUUACAGCACUUUUCCAUGUUCAUAGUGUUUAUGUGGGGCUCGACUUGAUGUGUUGACCAUGAACUUCACACAGGUGCUAUAU